CAACUUCUAUCUCUGUCUCUCUGGAAGAGAGAGAAUCUCAGCUUGAGCUUGAGCUGAUCGGCGCCGGCGGUGGGAGAGAGCAAAGCUGCUCUGCAAAUUUCUCCGAUCAUCUCCUCUUCUUCGCCGUCACUGCACUCCCUCUGAAUCGUAAGUUCAGGCGAAUCGCCGCCAUCUAAAAAGCUCGGAUCUUGAUUCCAAUCUCUCUGACCCGAGUGACCCCCCCAAAAAUGGAUCUUGCGCCUGAAGAGCUCCAGUUCCUCACCAUCUCCGACGUCCUCCGCGAAUCUGUCGCCAUCCCCAGGCGGUCCCCGAAGACCUUCUACCUCGUGACCCUGACCUUCAUCUUCCCUCUCUCCUUCGCCAUCCUGGCCCACUCCCUCUUCACCCACCCCCUCGUCAACCGCCUCCAGUACCCGUCCUCCGACCGGGCCGAGACCCGCCACGAGUGGGCCCUCCUCCUCGCCUUCCAGUUCUGCUACCUCCUCUUCCUCUUCGCCUUCUCCCUCCUCUCCACCGCCGCCGUCGUCUUCGCCGUCGCCUCCCUCUACACCUCCAAGCCCGUCUCCUUCGCCUCCACCCUCGCCGCCAUCCCCAGGGUCUUCAAGCGCCUCUUCGUCACCUUCCUCUGGGUCACCCUCCUCAUGGUCGGCUACUACGUCGUGUUCGUCGCGUUCGUCGUGCUCCUCCUCUUCGCGAUCGACACGCAAAAUGCGCCCUUGCUGCUGUUCUCGCUUGUUGUGAUCUUCGUGCUGUUCCUGGUGGUUCACGUCUAUAUCACCGCAUUGUGGCACAUGGCGAGUGUGGUGUCGGUGCUCGAGCCGCUCCUCGGGUUCGCGGCGAUGAGGAAGAGCUACGAGUUGCUCAAGGGCCGGACCCGGAUGGCGGCCAUUUUGGUUUUCGGGUAUCUGUUGAUCUGCGGGGUGAUCAAUGGGAUCUUUGGUGGGGUGGUGGUGCACGGCGGGGACAGCCACGGUGUUUUUGGGAGGAUCGUGGUGGGCGGGUUCUUGGUCGGGGUGUUGGUGAUUGUCAACUUGGUUGGUUUGUUGGUGCAGAGUGUGUUCUACUACGUCUGCAAGAGUUAUCAUCACCAGGGGAUCGAUAAGACGGCUCUUCAUGAUCAUCUCGGCGGGUACCUCGGCGAGUAUGUGCCACUCAAGAGCAGCAUUCAGAUGGAGGAUAUCUGAUUGGCGAUGCCGGAUGGAUUUGUAAGUUCCUCUUGUCAGUGCUUUCGGAAUGGAUAUAAGAUUAUUCUGGUGGUUUGUAAGGGGUUUGUAUUGUGUUAUCCAAUAAUGACAAUAAUCUUAGGAAGUCCUGGUUUUCAUACCAGCUGCCACUUUGUUCUUUGUUUCUUUCUUGUUUUACGUAGGUAGUGGUAGGUUCAAUCGGAGAAUGUCAGUUGUCUUGAUGAUGAUAACAUGUAUACCACGACAUUAGCAGUUAAAAAGGAAAUUGCAUAGUGUAUGUCAGUUUUGAG